AUGUUUAAUUUAUAUCCCCUUAGACUUUUAGCAACUACACAAUGUCAAUCUGUCUUUAGGGGACUCAAGUGCACAUUUUGUACUCUUCAAUGUAGUAAAUGCAAAAAUGGCAUUGAAAAACAGGACAUCCUCGAGUUUUUCUGCAAAGUGCGUUUUAUAUAUCAUCUUUUAAUCACGAAAAUUGCGCAGAAAUGCUCCUGGCCGGUAGAAUCUACCGCAGUAGACAAAUUCAAUCUGUACGAAUUAUUUAACAUAGAACCACUAUAUGAUGUAGAUAAGAAUCAGAUAAGUAAACUCUACAAGCAGUACCAAUUUAUCCUCCACCCAGAUCGCCACGGGGACAGAACUCAGGAGGAACUUGAGAUUAUAAACUCGAAUUCUAGCAUUGUUAGCAGAUAUUACAAGACAAUUCUUGAUGAUAAAGAGAGAGCUAGACGCCUCUUUUGUAUGAAAUAUGGCGAUGAGCUAUUCCAGCGGGAAAUUAACAAAUCUGAUACGGAUCAGUUGAAUUAUAUAAUUCAGGUCCACGAAGACAUAGAUGAGCUCUCCAGUGAAGACCAACUACUAGCGUUCAAAGAGGAAUUUAAGGGGAAAAUUGAAGAUGUAAUUGCAAAUAUAAAUAAAUCGUUUCUGGAAAAUGACCCUCGCUCUGUACUCACCUACUACAGAACCCUCUCUUUCUACAGACAAGUCUACGAUAAACUCAGCCAAAUGUCAUUUUGA